UAUAAAGCGAUAUUGGAAAAUUUCUUUCAAUAGAAACGAUAAGAAUAAAUUAUUUAUUUGGGUUUAUUCUUAGAUAUCGUUAAUAAAGCGCGUCUUCCAAUUGAACAUUUACAACAAGUGAAAAAAUAAUAAAAAAGAAAACGAAAAAAAAAAGAAAAAAAAAGCGGUCGAUUGUAAAUCAAUCCUUCGAUAUCUUCGUUCUCUGUUUCCUUCUCUAUCAUUCUCGAUAUAUUAUAUUCUUUCAACGUGAUCCUCUGUAAUGCGCGAUGAGGACGCGUUCUUUCUCUCUAUAAAAUGCGUCAUUAGAUAAAUUAAUAUUAUCUAUACGAGCAUAAAUUUCGCAGAAUGUCUGCUUAUCAAAAAGUUGCGACGGUUGUCUAUAAGGUUCCGGCGAAUUCGAUUAAAUCAGAUGUUUCAGAUAUUAUGUAUAGGAAAUAAAAAGGAAAAGAAGAGAGAGAGAGAGAGAGAGAGAGAGAGAGAGAGAGAGAGAGAGGGAGGAAGGUAGAAAAGAAAAUCGAAAACGAACAUUAUAAUCGUAUCUGGUCAUUAAAAAUGCACGAGGCAAGGGCGGUCCAUGGGGGGAUGGAAAAAUUUCGAGAGCGAAAAUUAUCUCGAGAGUUUCUACGAGUAACUUCUCGAAUUUCCAGUCGCACCGCGAAAUAGGGAAUAAUUAAUAAUGCUCGCUGUUCUCGAGCAUUGCGUUCUUUAUAAAAAAAAAAAAAAGAAAAAAAAAGAAGAAGAAGAUAAACAACAACAAAAUUAGUCCAUCCAAACGAACGAAACAGAAAAAUGAAAUGAACAAGUCAUUCAAUCAAAUUGAAAAAAAAAUAUUUAUAACCAAUAUCGCAAUCAACGAUGACGAAACGAUCCACGUAAAUAAUCAUUCUCAAACGAUUUCGGUGUUCUGUGAUCCAUGAGUGUAUUUUCUGACGACAAUGUUAACGCGUGCCAAUGAAUUGCUUGACGUUAUUAGUUCCCCCCCUCCUCUCUCUCUCUCUCCCACCUCUCUUUCUCUUUUCGUAUCGUUGCUUGGUAUCGUUCGAUAGAGAAUCGAAAAGGCGCCUAAAUGCAAUAGAUCAGAGUAAUCCAGUAAAGACAUACCGCGGACGCGGUCAAUCUCGCAGAUAAACGACGGUGAUAGACCGCCGUGCUGUGGUCUGUUUUUCAUAACGUGGUAAGAGACCGCGAUAACUAUCGAGCAAUGCACGCAUAUAAAUCAAAAUGAUGAAUAAGAAAGAAAUGGAAAACAAAAAAAGGAAAAAGAAAGAAAUAAGGAAAAAAAACCAUAGGAGAAGUUUAUUUUAUCCUAGCAGAGAAUCGAAUAUCCCCUUAAAAAUAACAAAAACUAAUUCUUUUCUGUCUUCCUAUAAAAAAAGAAAAAAAAAAAUCGAUCGAUCCUCUACUAUUCUCAUUCUUUUUCUUCUUUAUACGAAAGUGCGAGCAAAUAAUAUAAAUAUAUACGUUAUAUCUAAGGUCAGCCUCCUUCAAACCGAUAAACAUAUAUAGUACAUGGAAGCAAAUUCCUGGUGGCCACUGACUUCGCUGACACUUUAUCAUGACUCAAGCCCCUCGAAGUCGCUCUAGGUCAAAGCCAUUGCCAUUUCGAGACGAACAAUCGUCGAUGAAGAUACAAUAUAUAGAGAGUGUGAGCUCCUUGGAAAAUCUUAGUAAAACUCGUGACAGUAUCCUUGACAAUGAAAGUUGUUAUGCGAUCAAGAAAGCUAAUGAUUACUGUAUCUUCGUUUCUAUUGGUAUGUUAAAUUUGACGAUAAGAUCGAAUUAUUUAGUUUGUGUACGAUCAGGUAUGGCAAGGAAUAAAAACAAACAAGUGAAACUAUUUAUAAAAGAUACGACGAGAUGAGUUGCCACAUAUGUAAGUUUUUUUUCUAACAAAAAAAAAAAGAAAGAAAGAAAAAAAAAGAAAGAAAAAAGAAAAGAAAAAAAAAAGGAAAUAUUAUGACUUUUGCGUGUCGCAAAAGUUGAUGGUCGCGAGAGGACGAUUAGCAAGCAAGGGAAGGAUAAAUGAUACUCGUAAAUAAACGAACGAUGACGGAAUAAAAUAGCGAGGAACGAGAGCUGUAUCUGGACCGGUACGGUUCUGGAGAUCGGUGUGCUUUCUCGAUCCCUUGGGAAGGAACGACAGUGACACGGCACCGGCUGGCACAGCGGCGAUUAUCUCUCGAGUCGUGUGCGAUGACAACGCAAGCACUACACGUCGUCUUCGAUCUGCCGAUCGACAGUCUGAAAACGAUCCUCGACGACGAAGGUACACGUGCGAGCUCCAACAAGAUCGAUCAUUUGUCUAUCCUCGAUUAGUGUAUGUGUGUAUAAACAUUCACAUAUGUGUGAGACCGAGAAUCGGAUACCAAAGAUACCGGUUUUUCUAUUUUGCACACAACAUAAUCAAGCAAAUCGUAGUCAAUGCGAAUCACGAAGUAAUAACUUCGUCGUAAUAAUAACCAGUCGAAACUACUCACGUUACGUUAUUAAAUUUUUUAUCUUUCAUACUUUCUCGAUCGUGUUAAUAUUUUCUUGCUUUGUCUUUCAAGAAUUUCAACUAUUAUCACGAAAUGUACGAUCACCACUGGCUAUUAUUGUUUAGUUGGUCUUGGUCGUUGGCAAAAAAGAUUGUAUAGCUUGAUACUAAAUAAUAAAUUAUUUUCGAUCGAGGAUAAAAUUUACGAUCUCCUCCUUCUUCUCUUCUCUUUUUUUUUCUUCUUCUGAAAGUUUGUGGAGGAUCGAUCUAUCGUUAUGAUCGAGGAAACUUUGAUGUUCGACAUGGCAGAUGAGCUAUUAUUUUCUGCUUUGGGAUUAACGACGGAUAUAAACUUCGAUAGACCACUAUCGUCACCCUCUGUAUCGAAUCUACCCUCCGAAUAUGAAUCCUCUUGCAGGACUCCUUUGAGCGAUGAUUCAGAAAAUAUCGACAAUCAUGCAAUAUCUUUGACGACACCAGUUGAAUGUUAUACAGAAUUAACGUGUUCUCCGAAGGAUUCCUGGAACGAUUGGAUGACAAACACAUCUACAUCUUCCUCGGGUUGUUUGAGCGAAUUGAGCGAAUUAGAUUCUGAAUUGGAGUGGUGCUUGGACAGAACUUGGAACUCUGGUCUUCCUGAAAGAACACCACUUUGUACGGCAGGAUGCGAAGGAUUUUUACAUUUACCUUUGCCAAAUCCACAACAAAUAUUCAAUAAUGAUGAACCAUUGCUUGUACUUGGUAUCGAUUUAAGGACAUUAGAAAAUACAUUAGGACCGGAGGAAAUAGUUACAGAUUAUAAUAAUAAUCAGUUAGAAGAGAGUCUACUUAUUUCAUCAGCAGCUACAGCCGCAUUGGCCACUCAUGAUUACACUAAUCGUAAUUUGGCUAAUGCAGCAGAGGAUAGAUGUUUUCCAUGUACUUACCAAGGCUGUUUAAAGGUCUACGCUAAAGCGUCUCACUUAAAAGCUCAUCUACGUCGUCAUACAGGAGAAAAACCAUUCGCUUGUACAUGGUCAGGUUGCGGAUGGCGUUUUAGUCGAUCAGACGAAUUGGCGAGGCAUAGACGAUCACAUUCGGGAGUGAAACCCUAUCCUUGCGAAAUGUGUUCGAAAAGAUUCGCACGUAGCGAUCACUUAGCAAAACAUCGUAAGGUGCAUAGGAAAAAUACUUAUCCAUUGUUUCAAAAUGGACGUGGAUUUCGUAGUGGAAAAACAAACGUACUACCAGAGAUUUAGUGAAUUCUCAAUCCAAAGAUAAUUUCAUUAGGAGUUGACUUGACACGAAAAGAAAUAGAAUCUUGAAGUGUAGAAAGAAAUAGAAUCAGUGUAAAAAGAAAUAGAAUCUUAAAGAAAUGAAGAUCUUAAAAUAUAAGUAAUACCUCAUCCGAUUAUUACAUCGUGUCUUU